AUGGACGACUCGGACGACGACUACAUUGAAAACAUUAGUGGAGACGAGUACCAGGGUGCCCCUCGGCGGUCGCGACGAAACCAGGCCCCCAAGGGCGCCGGAGGCUCGGUGGAGAACAUGAAGAUGGCCAAUGGAGGAUACUCAUGGGAAGACGAAUACCAUAGAUCUUGGGACGUCGUGCAAGAGGACGAGGGAGGAUCGCUGGCAGGCUCGGUGGCGGGUCUUGUGGAAGCAAGAAAGAAACGACACAUCAAGGAUGCAACUCCGUUCCAGAGAGGUAUCAUUCGAAACCUGAUUUUGGUGCUCGACUUUUCGUUUGCCAUGAAAGAGUCCGAUCUCAGACCAAACAGGUACCAAUUUGUCAUUAACCAUGCCAUUGAAUUCGUAACCAACUUCUUCGACCAGAAUCCCAUUUCUCAGCUCGGAAUUCUGGGCAUGAGAAACGGACAGGCAAUCAGCAUAUCGACAUUGGGCAGUAACCCCAACGACCACAUUAACGCCCUGACGGCAGCCAAAAAGCUCGAGCCUCAAGGUGAUCCAUCUCUUCAAAAUGCUCUUGAAAUGGCUCGAGGUCUGCUUUUCCAUGUGCCUUCUCAUUGCACUAAGGAGGUACUGGUUGUUCUGGGUGCCUUGUUGUCGGCUGACCCAGGAGAUAUCCACGUAACCAUCGACAAGCUCGUUAUUGACAAGGUCCGAGCCCGAGUCAUUGGUCUGGCGGCGCAGGUGGCGAUCUGCAAGGAACUGUGUGUCAAAACCAACUUUGGAGACGCUUCAUACUAUGGUGUCGUGCUGAACGAACAGCAUUUCCAGGAGCUCAUGGACGAGGCUACUACACCCUUGGCAGAGUCACAACAAAGCCAGAGCGCCAAUCCAGCAUCCCUGGUGCUCAUGGGAUUUCCUUCAAAGGUUUCAGAAGCAGCUCCCUCUCUUUCGGCCUCCGAUGCAGCUCUCACACAAGGUGGAUACGUCUGUCCGCAAUGUAAGGUCAAGGUGUCUUCACUCCCCACAGUCUGCCCCUGCUGUGGUCUCACACUUAUUCUGUCCACCCAUCUGGCCAGAUCGUAUCACCAUCUUUUCCCCCUGGCUCCAUUUAUUGAAGUCCCCUGCAAGAACGCACACAAGUCUGAAUUCUGUGCAGGCUGUCAAUCCAAGUUCCCAGUGGUGGCAAGAGAUGCAAAAAACAUCCAAGCCGAUGGCUCCAUGACGUCACGGUAUGAGUGUCCCACCUGCCACUCUCAUUUUUGCAUCGACUGUGACGUCUUCUGCCACGAAAUUCUACACAACUGCAUUGGCUGCCAGGCACGCAGCUACUCUCUCUACCAGGUGGUGGUCACCAAACACAAGGAUGCAGCUCCUUCUCUUAAGCUGGUGAUGAAGCGGCCCGAUCCAGACGGAGAGGAGAGCUCUAGACCAGUCAAGGUGAGGGUAGUUAAUGAUAACGAGGGUCCAGCUUGGAAUGAAGGAGGACAAGCUCCUACCUGGGGGGAGUAA